AUGGAUCUUCAAAACCUUUUGUUUAUUCUCACCAGCUUCCUGAUUCUCUUUGUACUAUUCAAUUUAGUUAUUAAGAAAUCCACUUGUAAUAAGACGAAUUUACCCCCAGGGCCAUGGAAACUACCACUGAUAGGAAAUAUCCACCAACUUGUUGGUUCUUCACAACUCCAUGAAACCCUAAGAAACUUAGCAUCCAAAUAUGGACCCUUAAUGCACCUUCAACUAGGAGAAGUCUCCCACAUCAUAGUUUCUUCACCUGAAAUGGCACAAGAGAUUAUGAAGAUUCAAGAUCUCAACUUUUGUGAUAGGCCUCAUGAAACUCUUUUUGCUAGAAUUAUUACUUACAAUGGAAGAAGCGUCUCCUACGCUGCCUAUGGAGACUAUUGGAGACAACUAAGGAAGAUAUGCACCAUGGAGUUAUUAACAACAAAGCGUGUUCAAUCUUUUAGGCACAUAAGAGAAGCAGAGGUUUCAGAGUUGGUCAAAGCAAUAUCUCAAAGUCAAGGCUCCAUUUUUAAUCUCUCUCACAAGAUUUUAUCAACUACCUAUGGAAUAGCGGCUAGAAUAGCAUUUGGUAAAAAGUAUAGCUACCAGAAAGUUUUUAUAUCAUCUAUUGCGGAAGCAUCUCAAAUAGGAGGAGGAAAUUGUAUUGCUGAUCUGUAUCCUUCAAUUAGAGUACUGCUUGAAAUGAUGAGUAGAAACAAGGCUAAACUUGAAGAACUGCACACAAAGAUUGAUAAGGUAUUACAAGACAUCAUAGAUGAUCAUAGAAAUAGAAAAGAUGACAAAUGUAAAGAAGAAGAAGGUAGUGAAGAUCUAGUUGAUGUUCUUCUCAAAUUUCAACAAAAGGACUUUGAAUAUCCCUUGACUGAUGACAAUAUCAAAGCAGUCAUUCAGGAUAUGUUUACUGGUGGUGGAAAAACAUCUUCAGCAGUUGUGGAAUGGACAAUGGCUGAAAUGAUAAAGAAACCAAAAAUGAUGGAAAGAGCACAAUCUGAGGUUAGAAGGGUUUAUGGUAGCAAAGGGUAUGUGGAUGAAUCAGAAUUGCACCAAUUGAUAUACCUUAAGUGUAUCAUCAAAGAAACCUUAAGGUUACAUCCACCUGUGCCAUUGUUAAUUCCAAGACAGAACAGAGAACCGUGCCAAAUCAAAGGGUACCAAAUUCCAGCUAAUUCUAGAAUCAUGAUCAAUGCUUGGGCAAUUGGAAGAGAUCCAACGUAUUGGGUUGAUGCCAUGGAAUUUAAGCCUGAGAGGUUUGUUGAUAAUUAUUCAAUUGAAAAUAGAGGCACAAACUUCGAGUUUAUUCCAUUUGGUGGUGGAAGAAGAAUGUGUCCCGGGAUUGCAUUUGCUACACCAAACAUGGAGUUGCUACUUGCUCAAUUGCUUUAUCAUUUUGAUUGGAAGCUUCCCAAUGAAAUCAAGAAUGAGGAACUUGAUAUGACUGAGUUGUUUGGAAUGGCUAUGACAAGAAGAAAUGAUCUCUGCUUGAUUCCCAUUAAUUAUGCGUGCUCUACUUAUCAUCACCCUUGUUUGAUCGUUUGCCUACUCCUCACCCCAUUGUAA